GACAUGCAUGUUAUCAGCACAGAUGAGAAUCAGGUGUUUGCAGCUGUUCAAGAGUGGAACCAGAAUGACACAUACAAUCUGUAUAUCUCUGACACCCGAGGGGUGUACUUCACCCUGGCCUUGGAAAAUGUCAAGAGUAGUCAAGGGCUGGAGGGGAAUGUGAUGAUUGACCUCUAUGAGGUAGCAGGGAUAAAGGGAAUGUUCUUGGCUAACAAGAAGAUUGACAACCAAGUGAAAACUUUCAUCACCUACAAUAAAGGGAGAGACUGGAGUUUGUUGCAGGCUCCGGACACUGAUCUGAGAGGAAACCCCAUUCACUGUCUCCUACCCUAUUGCUCCCUUCAUCUUCACCUGAAGGUCUCAGAGAAUCCCUAUACCUCAGGAAACAUCGUCAGCCGAGACACUGCCCCCAGUAUUAUUGUAGCUUCAGGUAACAUAGGCAGUGAACUAUCAGACAGUGACAUCAGUAUGUUUGUUUCUUCUGAUGCUGGGAACACUUGGAGACAGAUCUUUGAGGAAGAGCACAGUGUUCUGUACCUGGAUCAAGGUGGAGUACUGGUCGCCAUGAAACACACAUCUCUGCCUAUCAGACAUCUCUGGUUAAGUUUUGAUGAAGGGAGAUCUUGGAGCAAGUACAGUUUCACAUCUCUCCCACUGUUUGUAGAUGGAGUAUUAGGGGAACCUGGAGAGGAAACUCUCAUCAUGACAGUGUUUGGACAUUUCAGCCAUCGCUCAGAGUGGCAGCUGGUGAAAGUAGACUACAAGUCCAUUUUUGAUCGGAGAUGUGCAGAAGAGGACUACAGGCCUUGGCAGCUCCACAGCCAGGGAGAAGCUUGCAUCAUGGGAGCAAAAAGGAUCUACAGGAAGCGCAAGUCAGAGAAGAAAUGCAUGCAAGGAAAAUACGCUGGGGCUAUGACCUCGGAACCAUGCGUGUGCACAGAGGCAGACUUUGACUGUGAUUAUGGAUAUGAACGUCACAGCAAUGGACAGUGUUUACCAGCAUUUUGGUAUAACCCAUCUUCCGUGUCGAAAGACUGUAGCCUUGGACAGAGUUAUCUCAACAGUACUGGAUACCGGAAAGUUGUUUCUAACAAUUGCACGGAUGGUGUAAGAGAACGGUACACAGCAAAACCACAGCAAUGUCCUGGCAAAGCCCCCCAGGGCCUUCGCAUAAUCACAUCUGAUGGCAAACUGACAGCCGAGCAAGGACACAAUGUCACUUUCCUGGUGCAGCUGGAAGAGGGAGACCUCCAGAGAUCCCUCAUUCAGGUGGACUUUGGAGAUGGCAUUGCUGUGUCUUAUGCCAAUCUCAGCUCAACAGAAGAUGGGAUCAAGCAUAUCUACCAGAGCGUGGGCAUAUUCCGAGUGACUGUGUUGGUGGAAAACAGCCUGGGAUCUGACAACGCUGUCCUCUACCUGCAUGUAACGUGCCCCUUGGAACAUGUUCACUUAUCUCUACCAUUUGUCACCACAAAGAACAAGGAGGUCAACGCCACGGCAGUACUGUGGCCAAGCCAAGUGGGAACACUUACUUACCUCUGGUGGUUUGGGAACAACACGGAGCCACUGAUCACAUUGGAAGGGAGCAUCACAUUUACAUUUUCUGUGGAAGGGAUGAAUACCAUCACCGUUCAGGUCUCAGCAAAAAACACCAUUCUUCAGGAUACAAAGACUAUUGCUGUGUAUGAGCAAUUUCAGUCCCUGCGGUUAUUAUUCUCUCCAAACUUGGAUGACUACAAUCCAGAUAUCCCAGAGUGGAGAAGGGACAUCAGUAGAGUAGUCAAGAGAGCUCUGGUGGAGGCGACAGGUGUUUCAAGCAAGCAUAUUCUGGUCGCAGUGCUCCCUGGUCUGCCCACAUCUGCUGAACUCUUCAUAUUACCAUAUCAAGAUGCUACAGGAGAAAAGAAAAGAACAGCAGCAGACCUAGAGCAGGUUUCAGAAACACUGAUCCAGAAGCUGAAUGAAAACUUGGUCUAUUUUGAGUUGAAGCCAGGGGUUCGAAUCCUUGUCCAUGCUGCCCAUUUAACAGCAGCUCCCUUGGUGGAUCUCACUCCCAGUCACAGUGGUUCAGCUAUGCUGAUGCUCCUCUCUGUCGUUUUUGUGGGACUAGCCGUGUUUGUAAUCUACAAGUUCAAAAGGAAGAUUCCUGGCCUUAAUAUAUAUGCACAGAUGCAGAAUGAAAAAGAUCAAGAAAUGGUCAGUCCAGUCAGUCAGAGGGAAAGCAUACCUAAUGUCCCUCAAAGUGAGCUGAUGAGCCCUGAGCAACUAGUAGAUGAGAAGUUGGAAGUCCAGCCCAUAGAGCAACCCCAGGCCACAGUCCAGAAACCAAGGAAAGGAAAUGCAACCAAGGUAGUCUGGACAGAGGACUUCCAAAAGGCUUGUGGAUCACCAAGAGGUUUCAAGCCAAGACCCGGAGCGGAAGUAUUUCCACAGCUGCUGAGCCCCAGAGCACAAAAGAAAUCCCUACCUAUGUAAAUGGUUGAAUUGAGGACACCAAUAUAGAUCUAUAUCUAAAAAAGAGGAGAGCUCACUGCAUUUGGACUUUUUAAUUCUUCAGAUGACAAAGGGUUUUUAGCUUUAAGCCUGUGCAUGUGGACAUUAUACUGAGACCAUAGUGGAACUGCAUUGUACAGGUGUUCAACUUUAGUGGGGGGUGGGGGGAGAGGAACUGGUACCACUAUUCACUCCUGCAGCCCUUCCCCUCACCCCUCCACUCCUUUUUUUUCUGAUCUGUCUCUAAUUUGUAGAAAAGUCAUAAUUAUAUAGGCC